GUGCUUGAGCCUGAGAGAAGCAAGACACUUGUGGCGUCUGCGGCGCACCUUUUUCAAAGUGCUGAAGGACAAGGUAGUGCCACUUCUGGCCCUUGCUGAAAGGGAUUGGAGCGUCGUCAGAGUCUUCAUGGACAGCGGGGCCUUUCGCUACAAUCUGGACUCAGUCUUCACCGAGGCCGUUCUGGACAGCGACUUCGAGGGCUUGAGGAUGCUGGCAGAAAGGACGGAUGGUGCGAGAACAAUACCGGUGUUGGAUGCACGAUUUGUGCUUUACUGUGGCUGUGUAGCAAUCAUCAUGCAGCAGGCUUUGCGCAAGGGCUACGUUGACAAGCUCUCCUUGCUGCGAUCCCUGCGCUAUGAUCUUGACCAGGUAUAUGUGCAGUUGUGCCUGGCAAAAGGGGGUGUUGCGGAGCAGCUGCUCAGUGAAGGGUCCAUUACGGUGGACUUUCUGGGAUCCAGGAAUUCAUUUCGCUUCUCAAUGCUGGACUUGGCAACCACCUCGUACGCAGAGAAGAAGAUCCACAGUCUUUGCAAGCAUCGUAUCUACUUGUACAAAGUUCCUUUUGUGCUGUCCUCUUUUCUGAAGGCAGGUGCAGCCACCAACGCCUUUCUCCAGGUCGACAGCUGUGGGUAUCUUUUGCUACUGGCUUUGGCCGCAGAGUCCUUUAACUUUGUGUAUUUGCUGGUGCAGGAGGCCGUGAACUUGCAAGAGGUGCUCGCGAGAUACAGCUCCGAGCUUUUGCAGAUGGUGAGUAAGGCGAUGGGUGCCCGACCCGGUGUUUUGGACCUCCUCCACUUUUGUGGCUACCAGCUUUCGCAGGAGCAGCAGCAGUUCGAUGUUCAUGUGUUGGCCUCCAUCAAGUCCAAGGACUUCGCAACAGUAGAGCGAAUUUCGAAGUUGGGCUUUGACCUGCAGAAUUUCGCAGAGCGCGAGCAGGAUGUGUCCGAUGAGCAGACAGAAGGCCGACUAUGGGUUAAGCGAGUCCUGGAGCUUCAUUUCCAGAGCCAAGUGUUCUUAGACUAUGCUGGGGAGCUGAUGUCCAACAAGGAGUUUGUUCAGAUGAGACACCUCGUGGAGGUUCAUCCCUUUGCCUUCAAGGCUUACUUUGAGGAGAACUACAAAGCCAUGGAGGACUUUGAGACUUUAGACGAUGGCAGUUCUCGGCAGAUUGCACUGAUUGUAGAUUUGACAUCCCUGCAUUUGCCGAUUGCCCCCUUCCUGGAAAGCCACCAGGCAUGGACCGAAUUGGUCAUGCUUCGCUUGGAGGUCCACUCUUCAAAAGGUAGUGUUGCGGAUGUCCUUUGCAGGAAACAACAUUCUUGGCUGGUUUGCGUUGGUUUGCUUCACUGUACCAGCAUGAGCAAGUAUGGAGCAUUGUCCAGAUCGGAGGGGCAUUCGAAAUGGUUCCUCCAGAAGACUUUGUUGGAGCACGACAAGUCCAUGGACCAUCCAUGGAUGCAGAUGAUUUACAAGCAAGUCUUCAGCUUGAAACAGUAUGCCUCAUGGCUGGUCUUGAACCGAGGCCUUUUCAAAGCCCUGGAGGCAAAGUUGGAUACAGAGCCAAUUUGUCGGGUGCAUGACGAGGGGCUGCUGCGAACUGCAGCCUUAGAAGCAGAUUUGCGACGGCUUUUGGGUCCCAACUGGGAAGAGGAGUCUGAGAAAAUCGCUUCCAAUUCCUCAGCACUGAAACAGUAUCUUCAGAGUUUAGAGAAAGAUGCCGAAAACAGCAACCUUUUGUUGGCCCACCACUUCUUGCAGUACAAUGCGGUGCUGAGUGGAGGAGCCUAUCUGGGGAAGAUGGUCUCCGAGAAGCUUUGUGUCCCUCAUGGGGCGCCGGGUGUGAAGUUCUAUGCCUUCGAUGGUGUGGCAGCAGGAAAGGAAUCGGUGCGGGUGCAGAAGUACCUGCAAGACUUUGAUCAGAUAGAGAUGGGCGACGAAAUUCGCCUGCCUAUGCUUCGUGCCAUGAAACGAAUUUAUGCCGCCACUGAAACUAUGAUGUCUGAAAUCUUCGAGCUGAAUCCGGUGAAGGGCAUAAGCUAUCGAUCUUCCCAAGAUACACCUGCUGCCGAGAAAGCAGAGCCCUGCGCAGAGCAGUUGGAACUGACAUUGGACGAGCUGCAGGGCUUUCAGGGCCAAGAUGGUGGUCGAAUCUUGAUAGGAAUAGGAGGUGAGCUUCUGGAUGUGAGCUCAGGGAGGGAGUUGUAUGGCCCAGGUGGUGGCUACGCAAUCCUUGCAGGACAUGAUGUGACCAGAUGUCUAGCAACCAUGAGCUUGGAACCCGACCACUUGGAUGAUUUUGAGUGGAAACCAGACACGCCAGAAGAUGAGGAGGCUUUAAAAGCAUGGCGAGAGCGACUGAAGGAGAAGUAUCCAUUAGCAGGACCUUGGGGUGAGAAAAUUGGUUGCUAA